AUGAACAUAGUAACAACCAAGAAAGGAUGGAAGGAUCUACUUACCUUACAUCCAGACCCCUUAAACGAAGCCGGUCUGUCAUGCAACCUUGGCACAGGCGAAUGUCUUCAAGCAGCACUCCAGCGAUGCACCAUUGAAAGCACACCUUGGAAUCGCCUCCAGCAUGUCAUCUUCAUUCCAGGUUUAUUUCAUUUGAAGAUGAACACUUUGAUGCGAGACAUUGGGAUCCUUCGACCUAAAGAAACAGGCAUAUAUGGCUCAAAGCCUGGGUUUCGUAGAAUGCACCAGCUCAUCACCUACUCUGGUAUUUGCAGGUGCCUUGAUUGUUGGAGAGUGGAAGUAAAAAAAUGUGAUCCCACACAUGUGGACUUGGAUGCCUUUGUGGCAUCAGAGCCGUUAUUUGAAGAUCUGCUUGCAAUGUCAGAUGUAAUUGCAAAGGGGUAUGUUGCUGAUGACAGACUUUGGCGGAUGAGAUCGAAAGAUGUCACUCAGUGCGAUGGGGAGUAUGAAAACGCGCUGCUCCUCAACAAGUACAUGCUACUAUAUGAGGAACUUUCAUUUUCAAUGAAUAUUGGGGAUAUUGGGCAGGUGGAAACUUGUAUUGUUGCGUGGAUCCUGUUAUUCAUGGCAACUGGGAAGCAUAAGUAUGCGACGCACAUGUCGGAUUCUCUAUGCAAUAUUCACUUUAUAUACCCAGAUGGCUUGCAGAGAGCUAUUUGA